AUUCCUUCUUAGAGCUAGCAAAUCCGUAUCCAGAAGAAAAAACCACCGAUGAACGGAUUCUGACAGAGUGGCGGACGAGUUAAUGGUGGUCAACUCGUAAAUCGGCGUUUCUUUUCCGCGCAAUCUCGGUAUUGAUCAUGGCAAGCGACUCACCAAGUUCUGUUCGGAAAGUUGUUGUUCAUUUAAGAGCCACCGGUGAUGCUCCCAUACUCAAGCAAGCUAAGUUCAAGAUACUGGGAAAUGACAAGUUCGUGAAAGUGAUUGACUUUCUGAGACGACAACUUCACCGGGAUACAUUGUUCGUCUAUGUCAACAGUGCAUUCUCACCAAACCCUGAUGAAUCAGUUAUUGAUCUUUACAAUAAUUUUGGUUUUGAUGGGAAAUUGGUUGUCAAUUAUGCUUGUUCCAUGGCAUGGGGCUAACUCAGUAAUAGGGGCUGUGUAGAAGCUGUUCAUAUUGAUCUGAACCUGUAAAUGAUCUGAGCCAACAAGCCUACUACUGCCUCACAGAGUUGAACUCCGCUAUAAUGGAAUUUAGGCUGUGCAUAAUUUGUUUAGAUUGAAAUGUGAAGUAAAUAACUAAAGAUAAAAUAUUCUUACAAUUUUGCAUCCUGCUUUUUUCUUCUAUUCGAGAAUCACGAGCUGUCAAUGAUUUCUAUUUUCGGUCUUAAGUGAUGUUCCAUUAUCUUACCAUGACCAGUAAAAUUGAGUGAUUUAAAUUGCUUCCCAUGUAUUAUUGCCACCAAAAUUUAGUUGUACUUUUAGUUGAAUUGGUUGAAAUAGGGAACUUUGUUCAGGAGUGAGAAA